AUGAACUUGAACCUCUCCUAUCAGCUCUUCAGCGCCCUGGCCGCCAAGGGCAACGCCGAAGCGCACCUGUACCUCGGCUUCAUGUACUCCGUCGGCCUGGGCUCGGUGCGGGCGAACCAGGCAAAGGCCCUGCUGCACUACACCUUCGCCGCGCUCGGUAACUCCACCUUUGCGCAGAUGGCCCUCGGCUACCGGUACUGGUCGGGCGUGGGCGUCGCCUCGAGCUGCGAAUCGGCGCUCUCCUACUACCGCCAGGUGGCGGCCAAGGUGGAGGCGGGCGUCACCUUCUCGGGGAGCCCCUCAAUUCAACGGGUCCGCCUGCUGGACGAGCUGGAGAACCCGGGCACGUACAAUGGUGUGCUCGACGACGACCUCAUUCAGUACUACCAAUUUCUGGCGGACAAGGGCGACGUGCAGGCGCAGGUGGGGCUGGGGCAGCUGCACUUUCAGGGAGGAAGGGGUGUGGAGCUGAAUCCUCGGCGGGCGUUUCACUACUUUAAGCUGGCGGCAGAGUCGGGCAAUACCAAUGCGAUGGCUUUUCUUGGAAAGAUGUACCUCGAGGGCAACAAGGUGGCCGAGCGGGACUACGAGAAGGCCUACAAGUACUUCAAGAUGGCCGCGGAGAAGAACAACCCCGUCGGGCAGAGCGGCCUGGGCAUCAUGCACCUCUACGGAAAGGGCGUCGAGAAGGACUUUGCCCUCGCCUUCAAGUACUUCUCGCAGGCCUCGGUGCAGGGCUGGGUCGACGGGCAGCUCUACCUGGGGCUGAUGUACCUGAAGGGCUACAGCGUGGGCCGAGACCCGAAGUCGGCGAUGAAGUACUUUACGCUGGCCAGCCAGUCCGGCCACAUUCUCGGCUUCUACAACCUGGCGGUGAUGCACGCGGACGGCGUGGGCGCCAUUCGAUCCUGUACGACCGCCGUGGAACUCUUCAAAUCGGUCUCGGAGCGAGGGCCCUGGGGCGGGACGCUGAUGGAGGCUCACAACGACUACAAAGAGGGCGACCGGCCGCACUCCUUCCUGAAGUACGCCGUCCUCGCGGAGCUCGGCUACGAGGUGGCGCAGAGCAACGCCGCCUUUAUGCUUGACCGCGCCGAGGUGGGCGGCCUCUUCAACGCCUCGGAGAUGCACGCCCGCGCCUUCAUGUACUGGAGCCGGUCGGCCGCUCAGGGGAGCUCCACGGCCCGUGUCAAGCUGGGCGACUACCACUACUAUGGCCUGGGCACGAAGGUCGACUACGAGCUGGCGGCCAAUCAGUACCGCAUAGCCUCGGAGGGCCAGACGAACGCCCAGGCGCUCUUCAACCUCGGGUACAUGUACGAGAGCGGACUGGGCCUCCGGCGGGACAUCUACCUGGCGAAGCGGUACUACGACCUGGCGGCGGUCACCAGCACCGAGGCG